UCGGUUUCUUCAAGCUUCUGUGCCUUGUUCCACUCCUGAGCUGGUCCUAGUUUUAUCCUUCUUCUUCUUCCCUCCAAACAUGGUUGGAAGCUCGAACAGAGUGGAAAGCUUCCCAGAUGCCACAGACCUUGAAGCCUCCAUACCCUUCCCGACACCAAGCUUGACACCUUUUCAGGUCCACAAUGUGUCUGUGCCACAGGAACAGACCACAUUUCAGUCUCUCAAGCAGAGGCUAGGUGAGGUAUUCUUCCCUGAUGAUCCUUUCCACCAGUUCAAGAACAAGUCUUUCCUCAGGAAGAUGGUCUUGGCGCUGCAUUAUUUCUUCCCCAUCUUCCAGUGGGGCUCUGAUUACCACCUUAAGCUCCUCAAGUCUGAUGCCAUCUCAGGCGUCACCAUUGCUAGUUUGGCCAUCCCACAAGGAAUUAGCUACGCUAAGCUUGCCGGUCUGCCUCCCGUCAUCGGCCUCUAUUCCAGUUUUGUGCCACCAUUGAUUUAUUCUGUUCUUGGGAGCUCGAGAGAUCUCGCCGUCGGCCCGGUAUCAAUUGCAUCGUUGGUCAUGGGAUCCAUGUUAAGAGAGGUGGUCUCCCCUGAUAAGGAGCCUACCCUGUAUCUUCAGCUUGCUUUCACGGCUACCUUCUUUGCUGGUGUUUUCCAAGCCAGCUUGGGUCUUCUAAGGUUGGGUUUCAUCGUAGAUUUUCUAUCGAAGCCGACGCUGACCGGGUUCAUGGGCGGUGCGGCGAUCAUCGUAUCACUCCAGCAGCUGAAAGGGCUGCUCGGAAUAGUUCACUUCACUACAAAGAUGGGAUUCAUUCCGGUGAUGCAGUCUGUUUUCGAGAAUAGGACAGAGUGGGCUUGGCAAACAGUCGUCAUGGGUCUCUCCUUCCUGGCUUUCCUGCUGAUAGCAAGGCAUAUAAGCCUUAGGAGACCCAAGCUGUUCUGGGUAUCAGCAGCUGCUCCUCUUACCUCGGUGAUCCUCUCCACCAUCCUCUCCUUCAUCUUCAAAGCUCCAAACCAUGGCAUCAAAACGAUUGGGCACUUACAGGAAGGGGUGAACCCUCCCUCGGUGAACAUGCUGGACUUUGGAGGCCCCUACCUGAGUCUUGCAAUCAAAACGGGAAUAAUUACUGGAAUCCUGGCUCUCACAGAAGGAAUGGCCGUGGGGAGGACAUUUGCUUCCCUGAAGAACUAUCAGAUUGAUGGUAACAAAGAGAUGGUGGCCAUAGGAGCCAUGAACAUGGCAGGAUCAUGCGCUUCAUGUUAUGUCACAACUGGUUCAUUUUCUCGAUCGGCUGUGAACUAUAACGCUGGGUGUAAAACAGCACUAUCCAACAUAGUCAUGGCAUCUGCUGUGCUCUUCACAAUGCUAUUUCUCAUGCCACUGUUCUAUUAUACUCCCAACGUGAUGCUGUCAGCGAUCAUUAUAGCGGCGGUGAUCGGACUGAUCGAUGUCCGAGGUGCAUUCCUGCUGUGGAAGGUGGACAAAUUUGAUUUCCUGGCUUGCAUGAGCGCUUUCUUUGGGGUUCUCCUCGUCUCGGUGCAGAUGGGUCUCGCCAUAGCUGUGGGCAUCUCAUUGUUCAAAAUUCUGAUUCACGCUACCAGGCCGAACACGGUGAUCUUGGGAAACGUCCCGGGAACGAACAGCUACAGGAAUCUGGCACAAUACAGGGAGGCCGUAAGGGUGCCUUCGUUUCUGAUCCUCGGCAUCGAGUCCCCUAUCUAUUUCACCAAUUCGAUGUAUCUGCAAGAAAGAAUCUUGAGAUGGGUGCGAGAAGAGGAAGAGAGGAUCGUGAAGUCGAACGAGAGCUCCCUCAAGUGCAUCGUGCUGGACAUGGCUGCCGUGACAGCAAUGGACACAAACGGCAUGGAAGCGCUCUCAGAGCUGAAGAAGACGUUCGACAGGAGAUCUCUCGAUCUUGUACUGGCUAAUCCUGUUGGAGAAGUGGCACAGAAGCUGUCUCGUUCAGGUACUUGGGAGCUUUUCGGAUCGGAACACAUCUACAUGACGGUGGGCGAGGCCAUUGCUGCAGCCUCCUACAAGUGCCAGACUUGACGUAGUCUAACCUACAAGAUUAAGGAAACAGAUAGCUUACGAAGAAAACAAGUCAGUUUGCUUGCCAAAAUCAUGAACUUGUUGUGCCCUUACUUAUCUGAGCACUACUCACAAAAGAUUUUGAAGGCAACAGAAUAAUUAAUCAUAUAAAGAUGAUUGUCACAUUUGUGGCC